GCCCAGUUCAGCGCCCGCCGCCCGCCACCCCGGACCCCGGUGUCUGGCUCCCUACGAGCCGGGACCCCGCGAUGGCCAAGCGCAGCUCGCUGUACAUCCGCAUCGUGGAGGGGAAGAACCUGCCCGCCAAGGACAUCAACGGCAGCAGCGACCCUUACUGCAUCGUGAAGGUGGACAAUGAGCCCAUCAUCAGGACAGCCACCGUGUGGAAGACCCUGUGCCCCUUCUGGGGUGAAGAGUACCAAGUGCACCUGCCGCCCACCUUCCACACUGUGGCUUUCUACGUCAUGGAUGAGGAUGCCCUCAGCCGGGACGACGUUAUCGGAAAGGUCUGCCUUCCAAGGGACACCCUGGCCUCUCACCCUAAGGGUAAGUUCUCCCUUUCCCUCCCGCACUGGUCUGCCCAGUCCCUGGCCUCCCUCUCACUCGGAGACCUCCCCUCUAGGCUCCAUCUAGUCUCCAGCUCAGGGAAAGUCAUUUCUACUCUCCCCAAAAGCCAGGGCCACGUUCUGUACUCCUGGCCUCUGUUCCUCAGCACGUCCCCAAACCUGGUUGUUACUGCGUCUUCCCUAGGGCAAAGAGGGGCUGCUAUGGGUAGAAUCUGAGGCCUCUGCUGGCAGAAGAAGGGGCCUCCUUACACUCCAUUGCUGAAGCGUAGGGACCCUUUCUCCCAAUGGAGCCAGCUCCUUCUGUAGCCCAUGGGGUCGCCUCCACCUGGACCCUAGUACCACUGUGUCCUGAGUCUGAAGGGUUGGCCUGGAGCCAGUGCAGGCUGGAGAUCCCUUUGAAUUAUUUAUGGGAUGCAGACAUUGUUUGGUGUUAUUGUUUUUAAAAUUUUUAUGUAGUU